CUGCGCAUGGUUGAAAUGGCCUAUAUAAGGAAGCUUACGCGUACACUGCCGGUACUCAGAUUUGGAGAACCGCAUUGGGAGGACAUUAGUGACUUAGUUUGCGAAAUGGGCCUGACUGGAAACCACCUCGUCACCCUUUUGCUAUACGUCGCGGUAGUCAACGAGAUACGGUUACCUCUGGUAACAUGCCAAGACGAAGACAGUACUCAAUGCAUGCCAAAAACAGCCUUCUUGGCCCUCUUACGUCAUCCGGAAGUGAGUUCGAGCUUGGCCGCCUACUCCAGAGCGGCAAGGGUGACUCAAGAUACGAAAAGUCGUAACGACAUGGCGCAUCUGAGGGCUUUGACCGAGGAGGGCGACGACACCGAGAUCUGUGUUCCUGGUCGUGUUUAUCUGCAAUUGUUGAAGGAUCCCGUCGUACGUGGCGAUCUCAGCGCAAUCCUCAACGGAAGAACGCAGAAGGUGCCGGAUCUUCUGGGACGUUUGAUCGACGACACCGAUCAGAUGGAUGCGAGGGAAUAUCCGUUUGAAUAUCAGAAAAGAAGCAUCGCGACGUUGGCCAAGAACGAUGAUUUGCCGAUUAGUCUUCAUGAUCGUAUGGCAGAAAAUGAGGAUGACGAGGAAAAGAGAGCAGUAAUUUCCAGCAGCGAUCAUUCGAUUAUCCGCGACUACCUUCCACCCAACGGCCGAUCGGAAGAGCAAGCCUUAAGAGAUUUCUCUAUGGAGAAGCGAAACGUGGGCACCCUGGCCCGCGAUUUCGCGCUGCCACCCGGCAGACGCAACAUCGCGUCCCUGAUGCGUGAUUACGAUCAGAGCAGAGAAAAUCGCGUGCCGUUCCCUGGGAAAAGGAACGUCGCGUCCCUCGCAAGAACGUACACCCUGCCACAAAAUGCUGGAAAAAGGAAUGUUGGAUCCGUGGCAAGAGAGCACGGAUUGCCUUAUGGGAAACGAUACGUCGCCUCCUUGGCGAGAACGGGCGAUCUUCCUAUCCGUGGUCAAAGGAGCGUCUCCUCUUUGGCCAGAACUGGCGAUCUUCCUGUCCGCGAGCAAAGGAGCGUCUCCUCUUUGGCCAAGAAUUCCGCUUGGCCUGUGUCGUUGAAGAGAGGAAUCUUUCUGCCCGGGAGCGUGAUCCUCAGGGCGCUCUCCCGCCAAGGUAGAUCGUUCGACUCGGCAGACACGAAUGCGAGAAACGAUCUGUUGGAUCUUCAGGCGCUUGGCAACUUGCGACAGAGUCAGGAGAACGAUUACGAAAGCGAGGAGAAGGUGAACGAUUCGUUGAAGGCCGACUCGAAUAUCAGGAGAUCCAAGAGGGAGAUUGCUUUCUCCGAUGAGUAUCCGCUUCCUGUGAUGCAGAAUGCGAAUAUGUUCGAUUACGAGGAGAUGAUGGAGGCGCUUGGUGGACAGUAUCCUAAUGCUGAGAAGAGGUUCAUGGGAACAGGUUCUGCACCGGAGAUGCAGCCGGAGGUAGACCAGUUCGGCUACCCGGAAACGUUUCAAGCGAAUAAAAGGCACAUCGGGGCCCUGGCACGCCUUGGUUGGCUUCCAUCUUUGAGGACCGCCAGAUUUUCGCGGUCACCUCGGUAUUUGGUUGACAGGGAGAAUCCCGCAGAUGGGUCCUCGCCCAACUACUCCUCCAACUCGUCGACAAGGUCGUUAAGGCCUAAUCUCAAUCCAAGGACACGCUACAUUCAAGCCUUGCACGGGGAUUGUCGACACGGCUUCAAAAGGUUUCUUCUAUUACCAGCUACGGAUAAUAAUUAUUUUCAUCAAAAACUUCCUAGCUCGUUGCGAUCCAAAUCGUUAUAAAUCGUUUUAAAUUAUCCUCUACACGGUAAAUAUCGAUAAAAUAAUCAUUUUGUUAAUAACUUUUGCUCAUAUCUUUGGAAUGAUGAGUAGCAUUUAUAAUAUUUUAUUUUUAAAAUUUGAAUUUAUUUAGGGAUUUACGUAGGAAUUUUUCAUAUUUAUCUAUAACUGAUAUGAAGUUAUUCUUUUUUCUUGAUUCGAUAUUAUCUAUAAUAGAUAAAACAAUUUUAGUGAAUUAUCAUUGAUCUCUUUUAGACAAAUUUUCAAUUGGUAUUUUUGGAUCUUAAAAAAAAUGAUUCAUUAGA